CUGUGGCGCGGCGCUCCCUCCCCUCCCUCCCUCCAUACACGCCCAGUGCAAGCAGCAGCAGCAACCGCGGCAGCAGCACCGACCGCCACCACUUUCUGCGCGCAGGCCGCUGGCCCUCCUACAGAGACAAAGCCGGGGCUCGUUCGUCCGGAGGAACGGUUGGCUUCGCUUCCCGGGGCGGCUCGAGCCAGGCCAAAAACAAGGCAGAAGACUAACUUGCCCGGUAGCACAAACGUAUAGAGACUGCCUGCCCAGUGCCUGUGGGUGCAAAGAUGGAUGAUGGAGCAGCAACGAGUGGGAACCCUAGACCACAGGCAAAUGGUGUGGCGGGUACCAUUAGAACAGCACCAGCUGCCUGCCUGCCUGCAGCGAAACAAAAACUGAGCCGGAAGCCGCCUCCACCAGCAGCCCACCUUCCCGGGGGGAAGCUGCCAACAGCUGCCUUACCUCGCCCCCCUACAGUUCCUUGUAAGGCUCCCAAGAUGCUCAGUAAUGGAACAGCAAAGAAGCCCAGUGUGUCACAGCCCAAACAGCCGGUGCCCAAGACGAGCAGUGCUGCCAAUGCCCCUGCCAGAGUGACAAUGAAAAAGGCGACUGGCGACAGACCCAGUGCAACAAAGACGUCUGAAAAGGAGGUGCAGCAGAAAUCUGCAAAGGUGGCCUUGCAGUCUUCUACAGCUUCUGCAUCAAAGUCAGCUGCUGCAAAACCCAAGAGGGUGGAACAGACUAAGCCUUCCAGGACUUGGUUGCCAGGGACUAGGAAUGCAAGCUCUUCAUCUGCACUAAACAGAGCACCAGUCAAUGACAAAGUUGUGGGCAAACCUAAGCAGAUGGCACCACCUGCUGGUCAGAGUGCAGCAGUGCAGCAGCAGAAAACCACUUUGGCUGCACAAAGAGAUACAACCAGAGCUGCCACCAUUCCAAAGGCCAAGCCUUCAGGCUCCAGUCCAAUUGUGAAGAUGCCAUCUGCCCCAAAGCAUCCCAAGCUGCCAGGCUCCAAAUCUCAAUCUGAUCCAAGCCUUGCACACAAGAACGUGGCUGCCCCCCCUAAGAACACCAAGCUUUCAGAGAAGAAAUUCUCUGAGAUGGCUAAGCCCAGAACUCCUUCCAGGGCAGCCGGUGGGGGUGCCCAACCAGCCACGCCACGGAGAGCAGCGGCCUCUGCGCCAAAGGCCCCCUCUGCCGGGAACAGUCCAGGCAAGAAGAUCCCAAGGAGAGAUGCUCUUCCCAACCAGGAGCAGGUCCCAACGCAAAAAAAGAAGCUUCAGAAGUCAGCUGCCCAGGAAGGCAACAUUCCAGCUGCUGUUGGGGAAGCGGAGAGUAUCCCCACAGAAGACACAAGACCUCUAGAAAAAGUAGAAUACAUGGCUAAGGUAGAGACUGUGGUUGCCCAAGUGCUUUCUGAAGUGACGACGCUGGAGAUGGAGCCAGUGGAGCCAAGGGACUUGCAGGAGGCAGGGGAGAACAAGCCUGGGCCACCCAGCAUGCUGGCUCCACAAGGGCCACUCCUUCCCGCAGGGCUUGAAGAAGCGUCUCCAGUCUUCCCCAGUCUGCAAACGAUGAAGGUUGUCUCUCCCAAUGAGGUGCUUCACUUACCUGCCCCUGAGGUCUUGGAGCUUCCUAGAGACGCACCGGAUCCGCAGAUAGCAGCUGUCCCAUGUGAACCCUUCACUCCCAUUUACUUGGAACUCUCUCCUGAGAUUCUGCAGUUAGAAACUCUCCAGCCUAGCAGGGAAGGCACAGCCUUCCAGUUCUUGGAAGAACAAGGAUCUCCACACCUUGAUUCCGUGCCUGUAGAGCAGUCGCGCUAUUUGCUUGAACCUGAAGAGUCUUGUGAAGAUACGCACCCCCUUGCAACACCCCCUUUAGCCCAGGACUCCCAGACGCCAGUGAAGGAAGAUACUUUUGCUCCAAGCUGUACAGAGGAGGAGGAGGAGGAGGAGGGGGCUUCUGGUUCGUUGAUUCCGAAGGCUGGGUUCCCUGAAGCGGCUCAAGAUGAGAUGCUGCUCGUACUGGCAGCAAAGGCCCAGGAGGUGCCUCCCCUCCAAGUGGAGCACUCUCCCUCUGCCUGCCAAACAGCUCUUCCCCUGAAGAUCGUAGCAGGGACUCGGGCAACUGAGCAUGAUGAAGAGCAUGAGGUGAAUGAGGUAGCAAGCCUGUCUCGGAGCUUAGACGUGGAGGAACUGCAGGAGGAUGUUCUGCCUCUGGAGAUGGAGGAUGAAGUACUGUGGGGGCGCCAUGUAGAUCUUGGCACUGAAGCUUCACAGGAGGCCACUACUUCUCAGCAGGCAGAGCAGCAGCAUAUAGCGGACAUCCUUGCUGAAGAUGUGUUGGAAGUUCUGUGCAUGGCAGAACUUCCAGUCCUGGAUAACCUUGUUCAAGAGCAGACUCCUCUGUCUCCUGAUGCGGCCCUGCUCCACACAGAGUUUACUAGAGGCUCUUGCAUGGGCUAUGACAACCACUCUAGCCCUUCUGGUGGACAUUCCAGCGCAGGAAGCCUUGAGGAAUAUGCAGUGGUCCAAGACGUGGAUGAGAGUAGUCUGAAGCAAGAGGACGCCCCCGAGUUUGAAGCGUCAGAUCUUUUUCUGCCCCAUCUCUCAGAGGAGACUUCUCCAACUAGUAGCAUUGCCCAGGUGUCGGUGCACAAACCACAGACUUUGCCUUUGAAAAGCCUGGAAUUGUUGCAGGAGCCCUCUGCUCAGCUCCCUGAAGGGCCAGAGUUGCUGCUAAGUACCACCAUGCUGAAGGGCCUCUCCCCUGAGAGAGGGGGCUCUUCUUCCAAAUCCAGCACCUUAAGUGGGCCUGACCUGGCGGGCAAGAGCAGCAGUGAAACCAGCACCCCUGAGGAGCUGCGAGACUAUGACAGUAGCUCCGGAGUAGAGUCCAAGUCAGAUGAGAAGCUGGAGCAAACUUGUCACCAGCUCCUGAGUCCCCUGGAGGACCUGCCUGGCGAGCUGGACCUGGGCAUCCACAUGGAGAAGGGAGAUGAUGAGGCAGAGACCCUUCCCGCUGAUGAAGUCCUUGGAGACCCACCCACUGAGCCCACCGUGUCCUCAGAGGAGGAAGCCGAGCUGGAUGCAGAUCUCCUGAAGGACCCGGGAUUCACAGAGACGGUGUGCUUGUCGGCAUCUCCUCCUGGCAAGCCCUGCUUACCCCACUCAGUGGAGGAGUCUGACGAGCUGGGCUCUGGUGAUGCUGGCACAGAGACUCCAGCCUCCACCAAUUCGGCCGCUUCUUGUGAUGUCUUUGGUGCCUUUCACCUCCACUCCACUGACAGCUGUGGCAAGAGCCCCGGCCUCUCUUCCCUAGAGAGUGAAGAGCACUCCACUGAGGGCAGCAAGGACCAGCUCCCCAAAGAGACCCACAGCAAGACUCCUGUGGACUGGGAGCACCCCUUGCAGGCCAGCCCAGCUCCCCAGAAGAUCAGAGGGCAGGAUGAAGAGCCACCCCAGCCUUUCACUGCCACUCAUAGCCUGACUGCAGGUGACAAUGGGGCUGGCCUGCCCUUCCCCUGGGGACCCUGUCCAUCAGAGAUCCUCUCCACUAUCUAUGAAGUGGAAAGUGGUGCUGAGACGCCUGGCCCCGAUGAAGAGGAUGGGAGUUGCUGCUUGAGCGCCGCCUCCCGAGAACAGGCCCUUCACCUAGGAAACAUCCCGGCCACGGUUGUGCAGCAGCUGAUCAGCCGGACACUGCUCUUCUCGGCAGAGGCACCUUCUGGGGCUGUCGGUGGGAAGGGGGCGGUAGACAGCGAAGCAGAGAUUGGCAAGUGGACCGAGCUGAUCUCCCCUCUGGAUGAAUCGCGGGCCAGCAUCACUUCUGUGACCAGCUUCUCCCCAGAGGACAUGUCAUCCCCACAUGGGGACUGGACUGUCGUGGAGGUAGAGACAUUUCACUGAAUUUUCCUUGCAACUGACCUUUUCCUCCCUUGUGGGCAUCUUCUUUUCCCAAGCAUUCCUUCCCUUGAGCUUGAUCCAGUCACCCUUGUUGGUGCCUUGGUAUUGCGGAGUGUUAGGUGACUAGGGCUCAUUUGCUCCCUCCCUGUCCCUCUUGGGCAGCUAACAUCAGAACCCAAGUUGGUUUUUACUGUAGUUCAGCACCUGUGAGCUGUGACCACUUUCUUGCUUGCAGCAAAGCAUGAGGCCCCUUUGGGCCAACUUCUGGCUCAGUGGAGCUUUCAGCCCCUUUACAUUUAUUUGGGUCUUCAACGGUGGAACAGCUGCUUUCUACAACACAGUCACCAGUAAUCGGUCAUCCACCACUUGUCUGGGCUAAUCCUACACAUUUCCCAGUAGAUUGCCAAACAAACAAACAAACAAAAACCCUGCUCUAAAGCAACACCACCUCUCUGUCACUAGAAGCAGCUCUUGGCAGAUGAACCAGAACCAGAUGAUCUGAGAAUGGUACAGCUACUGCUAGCCCUGGAAUGUGGAGGGAGACUUAUUGCCGAUAACAGGAAAGUCAGAGCUCUUCUAGACUGCAGAUAUUCAAAUGUGCCUCUUCCAAUAGCUGCAAGAAACCUGUCAUUUGGACAAAGGGCAUUGCACCUUUCUCUCCUGGGGUUAAGGGAAGUGGCCUAUAUUGAAGCUGCCAGGAGGGAGAGAGGGAGGACUGUUGCAGUGAUAGGGCAGUUUCCUCUGCAAGUGAAACUCCCAUAACAUGCAGCAACAAUACUUUAGGAUAACUAUCUUUUAUCUCUGCUCUUCACAAAUUGGCCAUUCUAAGUUUCUGGGCAACUUCUAGGAGGGUUCUUGGCUUGCCUUGGGCAGGUGGGGUGUGGGCAGGCUGUGGUGGUGUACAACUAUUUUUUAAUGACACUGACUCUAUGGCACACUUUUAGAAAGUGUGCUCUCAAGUCGAUUUCGACUCCUGGCACCCACAGAGCCCUGUGGUUGUCCUUGGCAGAAUACAGGAGGGGUUUACCAUUUCCAUUGCCCAUGCAGUAUGAGAUGAUGCCGUUCAGCAUCUUCCCAUAUCGCUGCUGCCCGAUAUAGUACCAGUGGGGAUUUGAACGGGCAACCUUCUGCUUGUUGAAUCAAGCAUUUCCCCGCUGUGCCACUCAAGGUGACGGUAUGGCACUUUACCUUACCCUUAAACAGCCGGUGGGUUGAAAUGUGCACCCUUUAAAAUGGAUGGAAGGAAAGAAUGGGUGGUUCAGUAAUCAAUAAGUCAUAUCACGGUGCAACUUCUUGGGUGCCAGAAGUACUGCCCCCAGUAAAGCAGCUGAGAGAAGUGGGUGGCAUGGUCUUGAUCCUGGGGCAGGGAUACAGCUGGCCCUCCAUCUACCAGUACUAGAUCCAGCCCCAAGACAGGCACAGCAUAGCCUGCCACCCCCACCUGUGACUGUUUCAUCCCAGGAACUCUCCUGCCUGGACUCAGAGCAAAUGCAAUGGAGCCUUGUGAUGCUACAAUUCAUUUAUCUCCCACCCACACUUUUUUUUUUGGUAAAGGCUGCUAAAAUGAAUUGGAACAAAACUACAGCCUGUGUCCCACAUCCAGGAGACAAUGUUAAACUCUUGCCACAGCAAUCAUUUCAAAUCCCCAUUCAGCCACGAGCCUCACUGGCUGACCCUGGGCCAGUCAGCCUAACCUACCUCACAGGGUUGUUGUGAGGAUAAACAUAACCAUGUACAUCACUCUGGGGGCCUUGGAGGAAGAGCUGGGAUAUAAAUGGCUAAAAAAAACAAGUACUGGCUGACACGAACCAAGCAGCGGUGCCACAGGUUUCUCCCAUUGUCAUGAAUGGGAGAAACUAUGGCAGUGCUUCUAGUCCAGACAUGGUGCACAGCAAUUCCCUACUGCUGCCCAUCAUGCCAGCCACUGAGCUGUGCCCCUCUUCUGUUCCUGCUGCUACAGUGGAGAUGCAGAACUGGGGGUCCCCCUCCAAAUGGCCUUCGUAAACUAACCACUAGGGCCAUCUCUAGUGCAGUGGCGCCCAAGCUGGGGUCCUCCAGAUGUGACUGAUCUACAACUCCCAUCAUCUGCAGCCAUAAGUCAUAGCUGGGGAUGAUGGGAGUUGUAGUUCAGCCACCAAAAGUCCAUGUGGCUCAAUUCAAAAAAAGCUUUCAUUGCAGUAACUCUGGCCUUGUACUGGACCUCCCUGGCAUGGGGGAGGGGGGGCGGGGUCAGGGAGCACACCCCACAAAAAAAGAAACCUAUUCUUGAGAGUUAUGGCUUGUGUAGAAUCUCUUUGGAAACAGAAACUUAUUAACUGUGACAGUGUGUUGAUCAAGAUGACUUUUUCUAAAGUGUGCGUGUGUGACUGCUUUUGUAAUGUAGCAAUUAGUAAUAAAUUAUGGUAUUUUUUUAGUUUUUUUAAAAUAAAGGUGAACUUG